AAUCACGCCAUAACAAACACAUACUAGUAGAAGACUUUAACAGGUAUAAUUGGAGAUGGCAGAGUUUGUCAGUCGAGGCAAUGAUGAAUCCGAUGGUGAACUCAAUGAGGCAUAUGAAAGCCAUUCUGAAUGGAUGAGAAUGGAUGUACACAUGAAGACCAGAACUGCAGAAAACCACCAAGUGGUGUCUACCACCCCAGGGAGAAGACGACUGUACAGACUGGCUGCUUUGUGUCUUGGGUUGAUGUGUAUCCUACAAGCUACUCUCAAUAUCACCCUGCGUCUCCUCUACAGAGACUCUUUAGAGACUAGCUACAUCAACAUGACCAACGUAAGUGACCAGUUACAGGCUGAGAGAGAUGGUCUUCAGACAAAGCUCCCUGUGCUAGAAUUGAACAACCUUGGAUGGAGGCGUUUUAAUUCCAGUUUGUACUACAUCUCUACUGACAAGAAAAACUGGGAGGAGAGCCGACAGGACUGUCUGAGGAGAGGAGCAGACCUGGUGAUCAUAAACAGCAGAGAGGAACAAGUAUUUGUCAACGGAUUCUGGGAAGUCUGGAUUGGUCUGACGGACAGAGAUGAAGAGGGGGUCUGGAAUUGGGUGGAUGGCACACUGCUUACCACUGGGUACUGGGCGAGUGGACAGCCUAAUAGUCAUCUAGGACUGGACGAGGACUGUGCUGAGCAAUGGCCCAACCCUUCUUCUGUAGAGAAAAGCUGACAUGAUGCACCAUGCAGCGAAGUGCAUUUCUGGUCCUGUGAGAAAUCGGCCUAGACGUAACUAAAACUUCAAACCCAACUAAAGUUAAACUCAAGUCAUCUACUCUCGACCAGGACAUCAUUAACGAAGACAUCAGUGCUAGUGCUUAAUUACACAAAUUAAUAAUGCAAAUGAAUUGUGC